GUUGCGUGCGGCGAUGUCAAUUUGAGCGACGCAGGUUUAAACUCGGUGAAUCUGUGGUGAAACAUGAACUGGGACACUCAGCUAAAUUCCCUACUAAAUGACACUGACUGCAAUGUUGCAAAAAUAAAGCAAAGAUUGAACACCACAGGGUAUUAUGCAAAAGUUGGAUCACGUGACAUGGUUGACAUGAAAAACAUUCGAUUCAAUGAACCUCUCUCGGUUUCUGUGGAGCACAUAUCUUGUUCAGAUGUGUAUAGUCAGAAAUUGCCUAAAGAAGAAUUAAUGAGCAUCUCGAGGCAGCUACAAUUCCAAGGAAAAACCAUUGAAUCUUUACACCAAGCUUUACUGAGAGUUGAAACAGAAAAGGAGCAGCAAAGGCAGCGUAUUCGAUCAUUAGAAGAGGAAAUUCGGCGAUUACAAGAGCAAUCUGAAGAGAAGAGUUUAGAUUUCCAGUUGGAGAGAAAGAUGGAGGAUUGGCGCAAAGAGAUUUCAAAUGAAAUGUACAGUUUGCGAGAGCAACUACGUCAUAUGGAUAGCAGGCUUGGUUAUAGAAAACUAACUUUUUCCAGCCUGAUGCAAGAAGUCCAUGAAAGAAGAAAAGACCUCUGUGAAGAACAUGAAUCACUUAGAAAGGAGAUUGAUGACAUGAAACACAAGCUAUGGAGGCAAGAGGAUGAACUGGCGAAACAGAUUUCUGAUACAAAGGAACUUAAGCAGUCACAAGAUAAAAAUAGUAAGAUGGUGAGAGAACUAAUGAAUAAGUAUCAAUUGUUAGCUCAUGAGCGGGAAUGUUCAGGACAGGAGCUUACAAAUAUCAGAUCCACUGUUGGUAGUUUGAAGGAACAGCUGAAAAAUAUUCAGCUAGCUGACAACUGGACCAGUACACCUUUAAGACCAGAUGCAAGAAGACGGCAGCAAAUGAAAAAGAAACCAAAGACUGCGCCACUUAAAGAUUCUGACUCCUACCUGAGUAGCACUCUCAGCUUGGCAGACAUUAGCUCAGAUGAUGACUUUUCCCUGCUACAAAAUCUUGUUUUAAGUACACCAGCCAGAAAAGAUGGCAGAUGCAGCUCCCCUUUGGGCAUAAGGGAAGAUGAAAGAGAACCAAAAAUGUCUUCAGAUGACGAUGUCAGUGUGAACUUGGAAGGAUUAUCUGAUAGUCCACCUGAAUUAAAUCUCAGUGAUCUAUCCUGAUAUUUGAAGUCUCCGGGAACUGGAAACCUGCAAGGAGGCAUUACUGCAAAAAUCUCUCAAAAGGAUUUUCAUACUCUCAAGAUUUCUUCCCCUUAAUCAAAUUAAUCCAGUUCAAAGGCUGGAGCUCAAACACCAGAAAAUCUGCAGAUGCUGGAAAUUGUGUAUGUUCCAAAGGCUGGAGUUAUUAUUCUUAAUGCUGUGAUACUUGAGGCAGACAAAUCAAUGUUUUGAGUUUAUAUUUAUGCUACUGAAAGUAUAAUUAGUAUUAGGAUUUCAAGUCCUAGUCCAUUUCUGAUCACUUAAAGUUUGAUGGUUAAUGUUACUGUUCAUGAUUAAAAUUGAAAUCACUUAGAUUUAAGAAAUUGGUAGAUGACAGUGGUAUUGCACUCUAACAGUGAUGCCCCAUCCAAUUCACUCUGAAGUGUGUGUGCUUCUUAUAAGAGGCUAUAAAAUAGGCUCGUGGCAUCGGAGUUUGGAGUUCAAUUCUGGUGUUUUCUGCGUGUCCUCCCCAUAGAAUGUAUACGCUUUCUCUAGCAGUGCUGGUCUGUGUGGCACAGAGCUGGAAGGGCCUAUUCUGUGCUGCAUCUCUGGAUAAAGUAAAUAAAAUUCUCAGGCUACAUUUACCUUCUGUGAAACUAAAACCAAAAUAUUGGAUUUAUUAUAAAAUCUGUCAGUUAACUUAAAAGGGGGCUGACGUGGCACCUUUUACAGAAAUGUGAAAUAACUGAUUUAUCCAAAAAUUGCUUUAGUAUUAAUCCCACUUUUCUCCCACCAAAUGCAUACUAUGGUGGACGAAAAUGGGUAAUUAAUCAUAGUUAUUGAAAUAAUCUCUAGCUGCAUUUCUCAAUUAUUUGUGCUUGCAUAUGGGCUACUGGUAAACCAAAGAUAUGAUUCUGAAUUAAUAGUUGUGCACAAGGUUGAUACGGAAAGCAGUUACUAAAAACGGGAAACACCCAGAAGAACUGUUUACAAGGAGAUGAAAUUGCACUAUGGUUGUUUUAUAUGUAAUUAUUUGGAAAUAAUCUUGUUUUAAGAUCCUGCUUACCCAAUAGUAGAAACAAAAUUAGAAACAUCAGUUAAACAUUAGUUCAACUAUGACCUUACAGUGAGGAGAAAAGAACAGUUUUUGUAAACAGAAGUAAAUACAUUGUUAAACUAAAUAUCCAAAUGUUUGUAUAUGUUUCAUGGUUAAAAGGGCUUCACCCAGUGGUUCCAGAAAAAAUAAAGCCAUUGUCUAUAAACCUUAUGCAUAGGGUAUUUUUUCCCUAUGCUUUGGCUUCAUACCAUUACUUUGAUUAAAAAUAAUUUACAAAUACAAUGGCGUUUAUCCAUCUUGGUAUAAAAACCACAAUCCACCUACCCUAGAUGUCUGCUGCCAAUUUAUCAAACUAUGGGAAUAACCAUAUGUCAAAUUCAGAUGUCUACCAAAAAGUAGCAAGUUCAUGGAGGUGCAGACCCUCUUUAUUGGGAAAUAGCAGAGAUAGGUUUCCUUUUUUAAAAAAAAGACUGCAGUCAUCGGAUCCAGACUUAUACCUUGUCAGAAUCGGGUUUAUUAUCAGACACGUCACAAAUUUUGUUGUUUUGUGGCAGCAAUAUGAUCCAUUUCCAGCUGAUGUCUGCUGUUGUGCAGUAUUAUAUCUGUAACAUCAAACCACCUGUCCCAUAGGCUGUAACCUGCAGUUCUGCCAGCAACACCAGCAUCACAACCAAUUUAAUACUUUGAAAGAUCAGUACAGUCAUUGCAGGUUAGAAGGUAACCACUCAAGCUGUACUGUUCACUAACCGAGCUGUUCUGAUAUCCUGCAGAUCUUAGUUAUACCGAUAGUCUUCCCAGACUAUCACCCUAGAACAGCAACACCAUCUUAAUGAAAGAGGCAGCAUAGAAUAUUAACUUGUUCACUCCAAACUUCCCCAUUCAGAUUCAACUCUACCUCUUGUUCCCUCGGAGGUGAAGUCAUUGAAAGAAAAAUGAAAUGACAUCCAGCAGGACAAAUGGAAAGUAAACUUAAAUAUUCACAGGUAAGCUCAUAGAGCGUGUCAAUGCAGAACAAUGUUAGGAAAUAUAAGGCAUAAAGCAUUUGCUAAAGCAUUGUUGCUCAGAACACUCCUAUCCAGUGGGUACAAAAAUCAAGUUCCCAACUCCACAAUGGUGCAUCCUGCUCCCUUUGAGUCUUCUAGUGAAGCAAAAGGUGCAACUGCUGGACCAGGUUAAUUUUGUACCUUUCAAUAUCAGGCAUUAUGACUGGGUAUGGAAGUUGUUAAUCAAGAAAUGGUUUUCCAUAAAAAUUACUUACAGGUAGCUAGAUAGAUUGGAAAAAUUGUUAAAUAAUUGUUUGCUUUAGGUUUUAAGUACAUUCAAAAUAAAACAUUGUUUAAAAGGAUGUCCCUCUAUGAAUUUUGGAAACAGUACCAUGUGUGCUUAUAUUGUGAAAGUAUGAUCUAUUUUUUCCUAAAGGCAAUCUUCUAUAUAUAGAAUAUUGUAACAAGUGUGCUUUAUAGUGUACAUUUUAAAUAUUAGUUUACAAAUCAGAUUUUUUUAAAAAUCAUGACCAAAAUAAAUAAUUUACAUCUCUUAAUCUCCCUCCAGGAGAAUUAAUUUCUGAGAACUUCAUUUUUGUAGUAGUUUAUCAGAGGUCAUUGGAUCAUUUCCGUCCUUCAACUAGCUGAAAGACAGAAGGGCGUGCCCUUGGCCCUCAUGGAUGGAAGCAGAAGGCCAUAAAGAACCCCAGGACUGAAGAAUUCAGGAAAGGAAGAUUUGAUGUGCUGGUGUUAAUUUUAAUUUAGGCUUAAAAUAGGACCAAGCCUGGUUGCUAAAGGAGGAGAGUUGGGCCUGUGGCUAAAAUCUCCAUUUUGUAAAAACCCAGAGCUACAGAAACACUGAGAAGCUCCAAAGAUCUCAUCCCUGGAAGAGGAAGGAUCUUCACUUAGAAACUACAUAGAAGAUGGGUUACACCUGGGGACAACUUGCCCAGGACAGAGGAUUGGCAAGCUGCUGUCAGCACCCUAUGCCCCAGGGAGGGGUAAUGGAUUUAAGACAACAAAAUGUGGUAAGAAUAGAGGGUUGAGAUUGUGUGAAUCAUGAAGGGCUGUUUUCUCAGGUUAGGGUGGAAGUGGUGAACCAUCAUGUUCAAACUAUUAUGAGAAAAUAAAGAAAGAUGUUCAUGUAUAGAACAGUUUACCAUAAUAGUUUAACCAGAGAUCACUGACUUGCAACUGAAUUAAAAUUGCCAUAAAAUUAUACUUCAGUGGAACAAAAGCACAGAAAGUUAAAUAUAUUUGGACAGCUUCCGGGACAAAGCGUUCCCUGAGGCAGAUUAAAUAUCAUCUUUGUGCCACUUGUCUAGGCUGUUAAGCUGUGGAAUAGGGUGACAAGCUUCAUGUAAUUAGGUAACAAUCAAAAGGGAAGUAAGACAAGAAAUUCUGGUUUUACUUUAAAUCUGAAUAAAUGUGAAAUCUUGACAUUCAUAUCAGAAGGCGUGUAUAUUGAUGAAUGGAUUAUUUUCAAAAGGUUUGGACAUUGAAAACAAUGCAGCAGUUACCAAGCUAAUCAGAAAACUGAUUAAUUUAAGAACAAUUUAACCUGCAGAGCAUUUGUAUGUACAAACUAGACAUUGAAAAAAUAUUUAAGUUUUAAAUAGCAGCUGCAUCAAAACUGAGAAACCAAUCAACAUUUUUGGACCUCUACUGAAAGGUUAAACACGAAACAACUCCCUGUACUAUGCCCAUAAAAACCAUUCUCAACUCUCAUUUACAGAAAAAUACCAAGCCCUGCCCGUGUUUGUUUAUUAUAUUGUAAUUAUCCAUCAGCAGACUAGCAUAUUUCCGUGAAACCACCUGAACAGAAACAAAUGCGGGUAUUUAGAUCCUGAUUGUUAUCGGACAUCAAAAACAUGAUGUAAUAGAAGAAAAUCUAGAACCUAGUACAUUCUUUACAGCAAUGCUUCCCGUUCCCAAGGGCACUGCCUCAAAGACGAGCAUGCCCUUUGGGGUUUUGAGGCUUUUCAGCCCUAUGCCAUUGCGGAGAAAAUGGAACAUCAGAUCAGCUGUCGGGGGCUCUGUACUCAGAUUGCCCCCCUCUCAGUGGGAAGAGUUUGUUGCCGAUUCUCGAGUCGGAGAACUUGGAAAAAGUGACGCAGCAGACUUUGAACACCGUAAAUCAGCAAGUUCUUUUGUCUGUCUCCCCUCUUGCUGAGUGAUCCCUCGCUGCCCCUUUGAGGGGGAGAGGGAGACAGAGAGAACCUGUGGCAUGUCAAAUUAACGGAUGAUAUCCUGGGACCAACACACAAGUGCCAUUACAGAAGGCAUAGUAGCAGCUCUACUUCCUUAGAAAUCUGCACAGAUUCAGCAUAACAUCUAAAACUUUGACAAACAUCUAUAGAUGCACAGCAACCACGUAGUUGCAUUACAGACUGCUAUGACAACAACAGGCCCAAGAACGGAAAGCCGACAAAAAGUGGUGGGUACGGCCCAGUUCAUCACAGGAAAAGCCCUUCCAACCCUCACCAUCCAGGCCAUGCUCUCUUCUCGCUACCAUCAUUCAAGAGGUACAGCAGCCUUGGUUCCCACACCACCAGGCUCAGGAAUUGUUAUUAGCCUUCAACCAUCAGGCUCCUGAACCAGCGUAGACAUCUUCACUUACCAGAGUACAGAACUGAUCAUUGUAACAAAAGCCAUGGACUCACUUUCAACAACUUUACAACCCGUGUUCUCAGUAUUACUUACUUAUUAUUUGUUUCUUUUUGUAUUUGUACAGAUUAUCAGUCUUUGUGUGUGGUCUUUCAUUGUUCUGCUGUGAAUGCCUGCAAGAUAAUGAAUCUCAGAGCAGUACGAGAUGACA